UGUGCCUCCACCCCCGCCCCCGGGGCGCCGCUGCAGCCUUUUCGCUGCUUUUUACUUGGCAUAAGAAAACGAAACCUCCUCUACUACCCUUCUAGCCUCGGCCAGGGGCCAGCGCGGCCGGGGGGUCGCGGGCUGUGGAAGCAAGGGCGUGGGCAGGGCGCGUGGGGGUGUCCUUCACUUCCAGUGUGUCCAAGCGCCGGCGGAAAGAGGAGGGUCCCGGGCCCAGGCCAGGCCUCAUUUCAGGCUCCAUCCCAAACCCGGGCUCAGGCUGGGCCAGAGUAAGGUAUUUGUGUGAAUACAAGAACCAGGCCUCGCAAAAAGGAAGCUUAACAUCUCUCCCCAUUCCCAGGAUCGGGGAUGCAGCGAAGAAGCUUGGACACACCUCUCCCGCCCCCUUCGCUGGGAACUCUGUUGUGGCCCGCGGCCUUGGGGAACAGCCUUUUGGCCACGCCAACCCAUCGAGGACGCUCUAGGUCUUGAGAAAAGUAGGAAACAUGUUGGUAGAAACACAGGCAUCAAGCUUCCAAAAUAGGGAAAGAAAACAAACAAGAAAUUAGCGGGGGACGCUGCGCACAGAGCGAGACGCCCGCCUCUACUCCGUCGAGGAAGCAAAAGAACGAAAAAAGUUAUUAAAGUUUGGAUCCCCCCAAUUAAUUCGUCUCUGCUCGCCCAUUUUUAAUUAAACAUCGCGAAGCUGCUUUUGCGUGUGCUUUUCGUUUGGUUGUUUGUUUUGGUGUUUCGAGGGGAGGGAAAGCUAUUUUUUUUCCUCCCUUAAUUUUAAUAACACAUAGAACAAGUAACGAACACGUGUAAAGCUAUUCCCGGGAGCUUCCAGCAGCGCGAUCGGCGCGUCCGGGAUAAGGUUUGCGGGGUAGCCAGCUCGGCUCAGUUACUGGCAGCACGCCUCGCCCCGGAGGCCCGGACUUGCAAGAAGCCAGGAGACGUAUGCUGGCAGCUCCAAACGCGGGCAUAUUCGGAGAAACCAGUGUGCAAGUGCAUACGGACGCGUUCGUGUACCCGGGAGAGUGCGGGGUGGUGUUUGCGAGGACCACAGUUGGCGGGGCCGGGGUCGAGUGCGGAAUUCACACGUGCUCCCGAACACUUUCCCGGGGGUCUGGGGGAAGUGAGCGGCUCACACCCCAGGAGCACGCAGAUCCAUCUUUGCCCAGGAAUCUCUUUAAAUAUUCAGUGAGAAAUAAUGGCAUCUGAAGCACUACCUAUAGAAACAUUAUUAUCUUCAUUCUUCAACAUCAGCCCCACUGAUAGCUUCGUUUGUCUUUUUAUCAAAAUCUACAGUAACCAACGGGACCUGGGGAAAAAGAGGCGGAGAAGAGGGUAUGCGUGCGUGCGUGUGUGUGUGUGUGUGUGUGUGUUUUAGGGACCUAGCGAGGGCAGAGGAGAAACGGUGAGAAGAAAAGGUGAAAAAAGGGCGAACACGGAGAAAGAAGUUAUAACAAGAAAGAAAGAAAGUCGGCAGGAGAAAAACAUUUACCGCAUACAAAAGAUUUAGAUUAAAAAAUAAAAAUAAAAAAGACCAAAGAAGCUAAAAGAAAAGGAUUCAUUUGGGGAGCACAGUAAGGGCCCGGUAUAUUGGUGCCCGAAACUCUACUCGGAAUAUUGGUGCCCACUUCGCGCGAAUUGAUGGUGGUGCGAUCCAGACACAGGGCGCUCCCGAAUUGGGGCGUCCUUACGAGACCUCUUUCCCGAUGGCGAGAUAAGGCAGGGAUUGUGUAUCUGCCCUCCCCACCCCCAUUAUUCAACCGAAGUUGUUUGUUCUUCGGGCGCAGGACUUCGGGAACCUUGGAGAGAGGAGACCCCGAGGCUCGAGUGGGAAGACCUAGGCUGGGCCGAGGACUUAGCCUCAGGUUCGCGGGCGCCCGAGCUCAGUGGAGGGAGUGCGAGACCCGGGUUCACGAUUCCGGGUUCUUGGGCGCGGGUAGGGAAGCUGUAUCCCAGCCUGGGGGGAUGGAGCUACUGUUCAAAGUUUGGGUGCCGCGCUCGCCAAGUGCCCGAGAGGUGACGGCGAGCUUCUGCCGGGUCAGACAGCUGUGCACAGAGACACCCCCGCCCAACCCAACACCCAACCCCGCCUCACUCACUCCAGGCUCAGCGCGGCCACCUUGUUGCCAGGAGCCUGGGGUGCGACCCCCUCCCCCAGGGAGGGGAGCCCAAGGGUCCUGGGCACUGGCCUUGCGCUGGGCCCGCCAGGCUGGGCCGCGCUUCCCGAGGCCAGAGGCGGGUUGCAGCGCGCAGGGUAAGCAGCGGCCCCUCCCCUCCCCCCGGCUGGAGCUGAACUCGGAACCCAGGCCGGUCCUCACCCUCGCCCGCCCCGGGCUCUGCGGCGCCACCGCCGCCGCCGCCUCCCCGCGGAGUGACGCGCCCUGCAGCCAACCCGGGCAGCCGGGGGGGAGGUCCGGGAGGGGUCCUGGGCGGAGCCGGGCCGCCCCUUAUCCCACGGGCUCGGGGCUGCUUCUCCCGAAAACUUCAGCCCUAAUUGUCCUGGGAAUGUCCAAGGUAGAGAAAGGGAGCAGGGAGCAAGCGAGAGGCUGGAGGAUCGGGGCCCUCUGA